UUGAGAUACAAACAUGGCGCUGAUGAAGUUAGUUUCACCUCAUACGCUAGUGUAUUUAUCAAUAUUUCUAUGUAUUCUUGUGGAUUUAGGAUACUCCGAAGAUAUCUCCUAUACAGUGGCUGGGGAAUCUCUGGAGCCAAUUGUCGUAAUAGAGAGUCACAACAUUUACAAGAGAGCAGUCAAUGACACAACGAGUGAUGAUGUCACAACAGAAUCAGCAUCAACCAACCCAGUCCCGAAUGGUACAAAUGCUCCAACAACAGAAGCUCCGGCCCCACAAACAACUGCAUCACCUGUAGCCACAACCAAAGCGCCCUCUGGUGGAGCCAUCACAAGUGAACCACCAACUCCAUUUACAACAACUAUAUCAGAUGACCAUAAAUACUACCACUCACAGAUUUUACCCCCUGAGUAUGUGGAAAAUCACUGGGUGGAGCAGAAGGACGCUAUUCGGCACAAAACACUGUCCAACAACUACAGAGUAGCUGUCAGCGUACAGAUGAAUUUCAAUUUCCGCUUCUAUGGUCAUGAGAUAAAUUCUGUUACCAUAGCAACAGGAGGUUUCCUUUAUAUGAGUCCAUUUCUCCAUAAAUGGCUGACAGCGACACAGUACAUAGCUCCAUUGAUGGGUAACUUUGACACAACGCUGGGAAACACUUCAGAAAUACUCUACAAGGACUACAAUGACAUGUUUAUAGUAGAAUGGAGUGAUAUAUACCUUCAGGACCAGAAUCACACAAAUCCAUUUGUAUUCCAAACACAGCUGUAUGAAAAUGGCACAAUAAAAUUUAUAUAUAAAAAGCUUCCCCUUCCCAUCAGUGAGAUAAACAAAGCAAGCCACCCGGUGAAGAUUGGUCUGUCCGACGCUUACUACAUCGACUCGUCUGUUAACGGCACAGCAAGAAAAAACGGAACAGAACAAAAAUAUUCCGACUAUUCAGAAGGUAAAAACAGGAGAACAAUUUACGAAUACCAUCGAGUAGAAGUGGAUACAUCCUUGGUUAGAGAGGGUACCGUCAUCAUCCUACAUCCCAAGAAAACAUGUAACCUACUCACGGACUGUGAGAUGUGUGUCACUGAUGAGCUCGGAUUCGACUGUAAAUGGUGUGGAGAGGUACAGCGAUGCUCCGACGGUGUGGACUGGAAUAGGCAGACCUGGCGAGACAAAGGAUGUACAACAAAGGCAGGAAAUUCGAACUGUGACCUACUUAACAACAAGAAUAGAGAUUUUUCUUUAGGCAUUGUGAUAGCAGUGAUUGUGAUAUUACUGAUCCUGAUAGGAAGUAUCGGAGGCUGGGUGUUCUACGCCUACAGAAACCCACAGUCCUCCUCGGGCAUGUGGCUCAUGGAGCACCGUCCAAGCCAGAUGAAACAAAAAAUGGCAAAAAUGAAGUUUUGGAAGAAAACAACAUCUACAGGAGAAAAAUAUGAAAUACGAUCAGAGGCGGAGGCCUAGCGAUGAUAUGACUGGGAGACAGCCAAGCAGCGACUAGAGAACUUCAACAUUCUUAUCAUCUUCGUUUUGUCAAACUCAGAUAUAUUUACAAUGUAAAACCUGUGGGUUUUGUUGUCAGCCAUAUUUGAAAAUCUAAUCUUAUAGGGUUGAGUAUGUUUGGAAAUAUGUACUUAUAGACGUACAGUUGAGUGAUUUAUUAUCCUAAAUAUGUAAAAACUUACAAAUAUGCUCAGACAGGUCAUUAUAAGUGUUUGUUCCACAGGUGGGGUCAGCCAAGAACUUGCACAGAAUAUUAAGGUUUGAACUGUAGCUGAUUCAAAACCUUGGCCCUAGGGAUUUUUGUUUGAUUAGCUUACAGCCAAAUCUCAUAGUCGAUCUUCGAUGCAAAAUAUUUUUCAUAAUGUCAACUGAAGUAUGGCAGUUAAACAUUAUCAAGCUACUUUAGGAAAUGUUGAGCUCAUAAUAUUAAAAAAAAAAAAAAUAAAAAAUCUAAUGACUGUUCAGGAAUAGUGUCUUUAUCGACUGAGAUGAAUCAACUUUGUCAUGAGGGGAGAAGAAAAAAAUAAUUUCAACAAUAUAAGUAAGCUAAUUAUAAAAUGAAAUGCUAGAAUAUAAGUAAGCUAAUUAUACAAUGAAAUGCUAGGCCCACAGCUCCGUUACAUGAUUUCUUGUUGAUGUGAAGUUUGAUUGCAAGGAAUUUUUUUUUCAUCCAAGGAUUGUGAUAUACAAUUAAUCCCGUGAUGUACCCUUGUAUAACAUCUCUUCAUUACGGAGGAGUUUAAUCUGUUUUUUGGAAGUGUCCUACAUCCACAUCACACCUAACAGUUGGUGUAUCGUUGGUCCACUUGUGUGGAAAACUCGCCAGGUUUUUUCUACAGAAGCUGUUCAGACAGCUCCACUUCAUCCUGAAUCACUUUUUGACUCUAUGCAUAAGAGAUUUUUCGAAACAUUGUAGUUGAAAUUUGCAUUGAUUUUUAAUAUGACACGUCGGAUACAAAAAGGAUCCAUGAUCAAUGUUUUCAUUAUAUGGAUGUUUUUUAAUCAGACACAGAUUUAAAGCAGAAUUUUUGUGAGAAUGUAUAGAAUUAAAUGGAUAUAUUUUGCUUUUUUAACCAGCUGAGACAUUGUUUUACACACAGGAUUUUUUAUCAUUUCAACAACACUAUUUAAAUCGUGAAGUAAUUAGGACGGGACUUAAAUACACUCUGUAGUUGACAAAAAUUUAUAUUUUUAAAUACUGAUAAAUACCAGAAUAUCAGGGAAUCCGACCUCAACUUCUGUUGGUCAAAUGUGAGAUAGACUAUAUAUAUCCACAAUAAGCCCACCCACGCCUGUCGUAGGUCAGACUAUAUAUAUCCACGAUAAGCCCACUCACGCCUGUCGUAGGUCAGUAAAAAUACUAUUUCAUUGUACAGCAAGAUUAACCCACCGUUUACCGUGAGUAAAACUUGAUUUCUCGGCUAUUUACAGGCUAAAUAGUCUACAGUGAAAUAAGAAGCUCCAAUAAUCGUCCACCUUGGAAUAUUAAGAUGUUAUUGGACAAAUGAGGGACUAGGGUAGAUCCAGGCUUCAGUGAUGACCUGGAAAUGGGUUUUUUUUAUCAAAUAUGGGGAAGAUCUGUAUCAGAAUGCGUCUGGUCUACCGAAUCAUUUCCUUUCUGUUACCAUGAUUACCCCACCUCACGUCUUCUUGUUUCAUUUGAUUUCAAUAUUUACGUGAAAGGAAAUUUAAAUGAUCAACUGUUGUGCCUUCCAUGUAUCGUUAGGUAUCAAAUUAAAAUUGGUCUGUUUUGGAUAAUCCUGAUCUCCACGGAAUCCGCCGUGUACAGGACGAGAUUCAGCGAUCCAUGUAUUGUAGUAAUAUAUUGAGGGAAACACUCAUAACCAGGAUGAGUUUAAUAGACUCUUUGACCCCCUUGGGACUCACAGGGUUCUCAACCCCAGGGAAAGAUUCUUAAGUUGCCAAA